CCCAAUCCAGAUUCGGGUGCGACUCUUCAUAUCUCGGGGUUGGGCUGUGGUCCGCUCCUUGCGGCUUCUUGGUGCCAGGUCAACACAACAGCAUCUCGCAGCAGGGAUGGCGGUGACGGUCACGGUGGAGCCCGCGGGCCGCAGCCUCUGGGACGAGCCCGUGCGCAUCUCGGCCAGCGGCCUGGCCCCUGGGCAGCGGGUCACGCUGCGCGCGUCCCUGCGCGACGAGAAGGGCACGCUCUUCCGGGCCCACGCGCGCUACUGCGCCGAUGCCCACGGCCGGCUGGACCUGGCGCGCGCGCCCGCCCUGGGCGGCAGCUUCGCGGGGCUCGAGCCCAUGGGGCUCUUCUGGGCCCUGGAGCCCGACAAGCCUUUCUGGCGGUUUCUGAAGCGGGACGUGCAGACGCCUUUCGCCGUGCAGCUGGAGGUGUGGGACGGCCACGAUCCGGAGCCCGAGCGGCUGCUGGGCCAGACGGAACACGAGCGCCACUUUCUGGGGCCCGGGGUGCGGCGGGAGCCGGUGCGCGCGGGCCGAGUGCGCGGCACGCUCUUCCUGCCUCCAGGUCCUGGACCUUUCCCUGGGAUCAUUGACAUCUUUGGUGUAGGAGGGGGCAUAUUGGAAUACCGGGCCAGCCUUCUGGCUUCCCAUGGCUUUGCCACAUUGGCUCUAGCUUAUUACGAAUUUGAAGAUCUGCCAGAGAAUUUUGACACCAUAAACUUGGACUACUUUGAAGAAGCUGUGAGCUACAUGGUUCAGCACUCCCAGGUAAAGGGUCCAGGCAUUGGACUUCUGGGAAUUUCUUUAGGGGCUGAUAUUUGUCUCUGCAUGGCCUCAUUUUUAGAAAAUAUCACAGCCACAGUGUCCAUCAAUGGAUCUGGAUUCAGUGGAAGCGAACACAAGGACAAGCAGACUAGCAUUCUCCCAUUUGGCCGUGACCUGAGAAGAGUCAAGGUAACUUUCUCAGGCCUGUUGGACACUGUGGACAUAUGGGAUGAUAUUGUAGGUGGACAUGAGAAUCCCUGCAUGAUUCCCAUGGAGAAUGCUAAGGGGCCCAUUCUCUUCAUUGUUGGGGAGGAUGACCAUAACUGGAGGAGUGAGAUGUAUGCCCAAAGAGCCUGUGAACGUCUACAGGCCCAUGGAAAGGAAAAGCCCCUGGUCCUUUCUUACCCUGGGACUGGGCAUUACAUUGAGCCCCCUUACUUCCCCAUGUGUUCAGCUUCCUUCAACAGAAUUGCGAAAAAACCUGUGAUAUGGGGUGGGGAGCCCAGGGCUCAUUCUAAGGCCCAGAUAGAUGCAUGGGAGCACAUCCUAGCCUUCUUCUUCAAACAUCUAGGAGGUAUCCAGAAGGCAUCUUUCUCCAAGUUGUAAUUUAUUGGUUUAUUGUGGACACAAUAGAUUGAAGGUCAGAUUCUAGUGCUUAAAUUCUUACAUCCUCUGGUUUACAUUAACUUCAUCUCACCAGUAUUAAUAAUGUAUUUAGGUAACUUUGAGUAAUUUUAUUCAUUGAAUUUAAUUAAUGCAGUACAUAUCUACUGUAACAUUCCACUAGAGAUAUUCACCAAAUAUAUAUGAGCUGAUGAGCUCCGGGGGCGUGCUGGUGGGGAACAGGCACCAGCGCUUGUGGCCUUGCACCAGGGCGGUCCAGGCGCUGGUCCCCAGGGGGUGGAUGUGAAUUCCAGUGCCCGAGUGCGGCGGCCCCAUGACAAACCACCUGUAGGGCGGCCUGCGCUUCUCCCCCGGGUACUGGAACAGGUCAUCAGUGAAGAACUUGGGCACCUUGUAGUUCUCCAGCAGCUUCUUGUGCUUAGCCGUAGCUGCUGUCGAAGAUGUAGAGGGGGUUGUCGUCACGCGUGCUCUCCAUGUACUCGAUGUAGUACUUCAUUUUCAUCUUCACCGAGUAGCCGUUGUUGUCCUCCCCGCACUUGAACUUCUGGUUGCGGUACUUGCGCUUCAGGCGCUCCAGCGUCCACUUGCCCUGCGUCGACCAGCCCUCCUGGGCGUUGAGCAGCACCACGGGCUUGUAGGGCCACUCGUAGCGCUCCACGAACUCCUCUACCGACAGCUGCUGCGCGUCGGCGCGCUCCACGUUAUCCGCCACGGCCGCGGGGCUCAGCUAGAAGCUCUCGUAGUAGUUGUGCCGCGUCCAGUCCAGCGGAGUCCUUCAGCUCGGGCCGCGCGCUCCGCUUGGCCUCGCGCGUGGGGGUUUGGAGGCCAAAUAUAUAUAUAUAUAUAUAUAUAUUUGAAAAGCUAAAAGCAUUUUCCCUGGGGCUGGAGAGAUAGCACAGCGGGUAGGGUGUUUGCCUUGCUUCCGGCCGACCUGGGUUAGAUUCCCAGCAUCCCAUAUGGUCCCCUGAGCACCGCCAGGAGUAACUCCUGAGUGCAGAGUCAGGAGUAACCCCUGUGCAUCGCUGGGUGUGACCCAAAAAAGCAAAAAAAAAAAAAAAAAGUAUUUUCCCAAUAAUAAAUUUCUUUCAUUCUUUUUCCUUCCUUCCUUCCUUCCUUCCUUUCUUUUUUAUUUCUUCCUUUUUUUUUCUUUUGUUUUGGGGUCACACCUAGCAGUGUCCAGGGCUUACUUCUGGCUCUUUAUCAGAGAUCACUCCUGAUGGUGCUCACUGUGCCAUAAAACAUGCUGGGUAUCAAACUCAGGUUGGCCAUGUACAAGGUAAAUGUACCUUCUGUACCAAUACUCUGGCCCUUGAAGUUUACUUAGCUUCAAGAAUUGUGGACUAGAGACUUGGUCUUUAAGCCUCUGUGCUCCCUUAAACAUGGAUCUCACUUCCUUGUCUCUAGGUCUGUUUGCUUGCUUGCUUCCACUCUGAUAAGGGCUCUGUGCAUGUGUGUGUGUCUCUGUGUGUGUGUGUCUGUCUGUCUGUCUGUCACUCUCUCUCUGUCUCUCUCUGUCUCUGUCUCUGUCUCUGUCUCUGUCUCUCUCUCUCUCUCUCUCUCUUCCCCCAUUCGUCAUUCUCUCUUUAGGUGGCAGUCUAAGGGGGUGGCAUAUCCAUCCAUGUUCAAGGGUUACAACUGGAUCUUUCGGCAUUCAGGAGUCACUCCUCUAGAUUCUGGGGGACCAUAUGGGAUUACAGGAAUCGAAUAUUGGUUGGCCCCAGGCAAGCAAGCAACUAACUCACUGUACUACCUCUCAAACAAGUUCUUCCUCUAUAUUCUCCUGUAAACAUAUACUUCCUCUAUUUCUCUCUCUCUCACACCUUCUAAUAUACUUUCAGUAAACACUAUCUUGGAACCCAGAGAAAUGAAACAUGCAUAAUCAACGGUGGGGGCUCUCCAUACCUUAGGGUAAUGACUGGCCACAUUUGAAAGACCAACAGAGUGAUUUGAGUGGGGAUGUGGAGAGGGACGUACUGGAGGGAGCCUUUGGAUAUUUGUCCACCAAUAGAAUGAGAUCAACAACAGUGUCAAUUCAUCACUCUUGUUUAUAUAAUGGAAACCAAAUAAAGGAGACUACCAAGGAUCAGAUGAAUUUCCCUGCUAUUAUGUGUUGUAUGGCACACAUCAGUGCUAGGAGAUUAUGAGAUCUUGAGUCCACGGACAAGAACAACACAAACUCCAUGUUAGGAAUUUCCCUGAACUUUGUGCACAUCAUCCCCUGGCUGAGUCCCCAGUUCUUCUUCCUAUAAUUACUGUGUUGUAACUAGAUUUCACAUUAUAGAAUUUCAAGUAUUUCAAGUAGUGUAACACCCCUCUGUGUGUAUAGGAUUCAACACAUCCAUCAUCAGAGUUCCAGUGCCAUCUGUUACCCUGUACCAAAGACCCCAUCCUCCCAUCCUCCCACUCCCUCCCCUCCCAUCCCAUUUGGAAACCACCACAGUUCUCACCAAGCCUAGAAGGUAGUUUUGUUGCUGUUUUCUAUUCUUGGAUGAUUUUGAUCUCUUCUUUUCUUCUACUUCUACUACGUGGGCAGUUAUGGGAAGCCCUGCCCUAAACUUGGAUUUAAGGUCAGAAUUAAGGGUGGUCUUUCAUGAGAACUAUUCCCGCUAACUCUGGAGUUCUUUGCAAGCUUGUUGCACCAAACCUAGUGAACUUAGAGUUUAUAAUGCAUUCUGCUGUCUUGCAGCUGAAGUCUCUCUAAAUCUGUGGAUUUGUUGGGAAUGUAGCUCAGUGGCAAGAGCACUUGCCUUGCAUGUGAGGGAAGGGGUGUGACCCUGGUCACUGCUUACAAAGAAGAAAAGGAUAGGAAUGUUUAAAUGAGCAAAACUGACUACCUUUGUCUUUGGAGAUUUACUGGGAAACAGAGUCCAGCUACCACAACAGAUGUUAGAUUACGGAUGCCUGAAAUGAGCAAAAAUUUCCCAAAUAGUAGCUUAUACCAAACAAGCAUUGAACUCUCUUUCAGAGGAAUUAAUAAUGCUUUUAACAUCUAUAUGAUUAAAACAAAACUAAAAAUCAAAGUUCAAAAUACAAGAAGAAAUCAGCACGAAAGCAGCACAAGAAAGCAAGCAAUGAAAUGAUUUUUUUAAAAAAAAUGAUUAAAAAAUACUGGCUAUAUCAGAAACCAUAAAAAUUAUUAAUGGAUCAAACUUGUAUGUAAACAUAACUGAACUGUCAUGUUGGAGAAAUUCCAAAUACUUAACUUUUUAAGAAAGCAUAGGCCAUAUUUACAGCAUUCAGCCAAAGAGAAGGACAACAUGGAGGGCGGGACCCGCAGAUCCCGAAGGAAAAAAAAAAAAUACAGGUUCCAAAAAGAGCCGAGAUCAUCGGGAAGCCCCAGAUGGGGUAGGUUUCGCAUCCCGCCUCCCCCAGAUGGAACCCCGGUGACCAGAAGCCUCUACAACCACAGCUCGAGUAUGCAGGAACUAGGACUUUUCCCUCAAAUCUCCCGGGACUACACCUCCCAGGUAACCUCUGAUUCCGGAAGUCACACCCACAGCCCGCCCCCCAGCGCCAUAUUUACAGCAUUCAGCCAAAGAGAAGAACAACAUGGAGGGCGGGACCCGCAGAUCCCGAAGGAAAAAAAAAAAACAGGUUCCAAAAAGAGCCGAGAUCAUCAGGAAGCCCCAGAUGGGGUAGGUUUCGCAUCCCGCCUCCCCCAGAUGGAACCCCGGUGACCAGAAGCCUCUACAACCACAGCUCGAGUAUGCAGGAACUAGGACUUUUCCUAAAAACCGCGCGGCCGCUUGUGCGGCCGCGCAACAUCUCUCUACAUACAAAGUGAUCCAUAUAUACAAAGUAAACCACCCAACGUUUCUCUCUGAGAAUCAUAGCUAAGUUUGGAGCACGGCCACAGCCCCAGAAACACAAGGACUUAAUGCAUAACCCAGCAGCUUGGAGCAGAAAAGUGAAUGGGCUAUGCGUUAAUCCAGGCCAUCAUGACUGUCCAGAGGGGAAAGGGUGUUGCCCCAUUCGCCCUCUCCUCUCUGGAAAGAAAGAUGGCGGCCACAUGGGAGCCUUGUGGACAGCAGGUAUGAGCCGGGGGAGUGGGGGCGACUAAAACCUCAUGGGAAGGGGGGCGUUCCGGUCCGUCCUUCACACCCUACCGAGGUCACCAGUUGCCCCCCACGAGCGGCUCUCCAGCACAGCCACAGCCCCAGAAGCACAAGGACUUAAUGCAGAACCCAGCAGCUUGGAGCAGAAAAGUGAAAGGACUAUGCGUUAAUCCAGGCCAUCAAGUCUGCCGGAGGGGAAAGGGGGUUGCCCCAUUCGCCCUCUCUUCUCUGGAAAGAAAGAUGGCGGCUGCAUGGGAGCCUUGUGGACAGCAGGUAUGAGCCGGGGGAGUGGGGGCGACUAAAACCUCAUGGGAAGGGGGACGUUCCGGUCCGUCCUUCACAUCCUACUGAGGUCACCAGUUGCCCCCCGCGAGCGGCACUCCAGCACGGCCAAGGCCCCAGAAACACAAGGACUUAAUGCAGAACCCGACAGCUUGGAGCAGAAAAGUGAACGGACUAUGCGUUGAUCCAGGCCAUCAGGUCUGUCCGGAGGGGAAAGGGUGUUGCCCCAUUCGCCCUCUCCUCCCUGGAAAGAAAGAUGACGGCCACAUGGGAGCCUUGUGGACAGCAGGCAUGAGCCGGGGGAGUGGGGGCGACUAAAACCUCAUGGGAAGGGGGACGUUCCGGUCCGUCCUUCACGUCCUACUGAGGUCACCAGUUGCCCCCCGCGAGCAGCUCUCCAGCAUGGCCACAGCCCCAUAAGCACAAGGACUUAAUGCAGAACCCGGCAGCUUGGAGCAGAAAAGUGAACGGACUAUGCGUUGAUCCAGGCCAUCAGGUCUGUCCGGAGGGGAAAGGGUGUUGCCCCAGUCGCCUUCUCCUCUCUGGAAAGAAAGAUGGCGGCUGCAUGGGAGCCUUGUGGACAGCAGGUAUGAGCCGGGGGUGUGGGGGCGACUAAAACCUCAUGGGAAGGGGGGCGUUUCGGUCCGCCCUUCACGCCCUACCGAGGUCACCAGUUGCCCCCCUAUGAGCGGCUCUCCAGCACGGCCACAGCCCCAGAAGCACAAGGACUUAAUGCAGAACCCAGCAGCUUGGAGCAGAAAAGUGAAAGGACUAUGCGUUAAUCCAGGCCAUCAUGUCUGCCCAGAGGGGAAAGGGUGUUGGUCCCUUCCGCCCUCCUCCCUCUGGAAAGAAAGAUGGCGCCCACAUGGGAGCCUUGUGGACAGCAGGUAUGAGCCGGGGAUGUGGGGGCGACUAAAACCUCAUGGGAAGGGGGACGUUCCGGUCCGUCCUUCACGCCCUACCGAGGUCACCAGUUGCCCCCCGCGAGCGGCUCUCCAGCACGGCCACGGCCCCAGAAGCACAAGGACUUAAUGCAGAACCCGGCAGCUUGGAGCAGAAAAGUGAAUGGACUAUGCGUUAAUCCAGGCCAUCAGGUCUGUCCAGAGGGGAAAGGGUGUUGCCCCAGUUGCCUUCUCCUCUCUGGAAAGAAAGAUGGCGGCCGCAUGGGAGCCUUGUGGACAGCAGGUAUGAGCCAGGGUAGUGGGGGCGACUAAAACCUCAUGGGAAGGGGGGCGUUUCGGUCCGCCCUUCACGCCCUACCGAGGCCACCAGUUGCCCCCCACUAGCGGCUCUCCAGCACGGCCACGUCUCCAGUGCACAGAAACCAAUUUCUUAACUAUCUGACUUUCAGUAGAAAUACUUCCAGGUUCAAUAAGUAAAAUAGCAGAAAUCCAAAACCAACAUUUAAUUCUUGAACCCAGCUGUAGAAAGCAAAUCACCUCACAAUGCU